AUUUCUUUAUCAUAUUUACGUGCAGAAACCGCUGAUCAAAAUUUUUCCAAACACCUAACAUAAUACCUUUCGCGGUUUAGGAUAACAAUAUGUUAUGUACAUGUCGAGAAUUGUCAUUUUUUAUUGUCACAUAUUUCAGUGCUAACGACAUUUGAAAAAUGCUAUGUAUAGCUUCCGUUAGCUAUAAAAGAAGAUUUAAAGAUUUAAGUAUGAUUUAAAGAUUUUUAAAUCAUACUCGUGAGAUCUCUUCAUCGCACAAUUGAAGAGAGUGACAAACUAUAUAUUAACUUAAACUUAACAUGACAAAACAUCAUUCAUCGGUUAACCAACGAACAUUAAACAUAUAUAAGUAAAAGAUCGUUUAUUUAGAGGCAAACUAUUAAGAUUCUUCAAUUUAAAGUGAGUUUCAUAUAAAAAAUUUUCAAUAUCUUUGACGAAAGUUGUGAAAAAUGAUUUCUCGGCCAAUUUAUGAAAAUUACAAAUUCUUAUAAGAAUAACAUGACUAGCAUUAACUCAUCAUUAAGAUUUAUAAAUAUGAAUGGAGUAACCGACUACAAUGCAAAUGAAUUUCCGAAACACUUGCUCAAAGCGGCUAAAAAGGAAUUACAUGAAGAUCAAUGGACGCGUGAGCAGAGUUUGCAGCAAUUACGUAAUUGGUUAUCGAAAAAUAUGGAUAUACUUAAUAUGCGCUGCGAUGAUGGAUUCCUGUUACGCUUUUUAAGAGCGAAAAAGUUUAACGUACCGCUAGCUCAGCAAAGCAUACUCAAGUAUUUAAAUAUAAAGCGCACGUUUCCACACCUCAGCACGCAAUUAGAUUUAUUAGAUGCCAAGUUAAAUGACAUAAUCUCUAGCGGUUACAUAUUUGCUACACCGAAACGUGAUAAGAAUGGUCGCCGUGUUGUUAUUGUGAACGCUAAAGGUUUUAAUGCGAAAUUGUAUGGAAGCAGCGAACAGGCGAAAGUUCAUUUUCUCACUUAUGAAUUUCUAAUGGAAGAUCCUCUUACGCAGAUGGUAGGUGUAACGCAUAUUGGAAACUUCUCGGGUGUUACAACGCAUCAUAUAACCAAUUGGAAACCGGGUGAAUUUGCUCGCGUCUUUAAAUGGGGCGAACAAUCGCUGCCUAUGCGCCAUAAGGAAAUUCAUCUCAUUAAUUUACCAUCCGGCCUAAAGUGGCUGGUGGAGUUCGCUAAAACGCGUGUAAGCUUGAAAAUUAGAAAACGUCUUACCGUACAUAGCAACGCAGAAGAACUUUGCAAAGCUAUAGAUCCCGAAUGCUUACCGCAAGAAUUGGGCGGACGUAUGUCCACUGAGGAAAUGUUGAAACUCUGGAAAUGCGAAUUACUCGAGAAACGUGAGACUAUUUUAAAAUUAGAUGAGAUAACUUUAUUAACUGAUUGCGGCAUACAGUGUAAAAAAUCGGGAAAAUUGAAAAACGUAGCGCAUUUCCUAAAACAUUACGAAUGCCUGGAGGGAAGUUUUCGUAAAUUGGAAAUUGAUUAAGUUAUAUAAUAAUAAGAAAUUAUUUGU